GUAGCGGGUUUAAUCUUGACAUUUUUUUGUUUCAUAAAAACACCAUCAUCAAUUUCAUUUUUGCUCAACUUUCACAGGGUCUCAAGUGAAAAAUAUGGCAGUAGCUGGCACUGGGGGUGCUGAUAUUGAAGAGCUUGUAAAGCGCAUCACUAAUCACCGAGGUGUUCGUGGAUUUCUUAUAAUAAACAGUGAGGGAAUCCCUAUACGUCAUAGUUUCACAGAAGCUUCACGAGAGUUAGCGGUGCAGUAUGCAGCUCUCUUUCAGUCCCUCGCCAUUAAGGCUAAAUCAGUUGUGCAGGAGAUGGAUGGCAGCAAUGAACUUCAAUUCAUGCGGUUACGCUCUAAGAAAAAUGAAAUAAUUGUUGCCCCGGAUAAUAAAUACGUCUUGAUUGUCAUUCAAGAGCCACUGGAUUAUUGUAGCGAUAAAGACGAGACGGAGGUGAGUAAUCAAAUUCAAGGUGCUUAGAACAUGGAGCAUGAAGGGUAAUGUGAUGCUAUAAGCUACCCUUUGGUGUUCCACAAUUUCCGUUUUUCACCUGUUUAUCCUAGUGUAAGGGUAAUUAUAAUGUAAAUACAAAUGUGAAAAGACGAAUGAGGUGGAAUGGCUUGUGUUGCAUGGGGAAAUAUAGAAAAAUAAAAACAGGCCUAUAUCGCACAUUUUUCUUAUCAA